AUGUGGCUUGGUCGUUGCGAUACCGUCAUGUUGACUUACGCUGCCGUGCUCGCUAUAAUAGCUACUUGGAUGAGACGUUUCGGAAACGGCCCCAUGUGGCAGACAGUUGUGGGUGCGGAAGUGGAUGCUUGUCGCCGGGACUGGUACUACCACCUGCUGUAUGUCAACAACUAUGUGGACUACUCGCAAUGCAUGGGACACGCGUGGUAUUUAGGAGCGGACAUGAUGCUAACGGUUUUCGGGCUCCUGAUAUUCUGCGUAUUAAGAAGUUGGCGUGCGCGGAAGAUAGCCAUCGGCGUGGCGUUAGUGGUAGGCGUGCUCACGCCAGCGGUGCACAUCUACUACCAGAACCUGAACGCCAUCGUCUUACUUUCACCAGAAGUCGCCCGCAACUUCCUCGUGAACGACCCAACCUUUAACAACAUGCACAAACGGACCCAUACCAACAUCGUAUGCUAUGCCAUGGGCAUGGCGCUCGGCAUGUGGGUCUAUAAGCUGAUGAACACCAGAUUUGACUUUACAAAGUACAAAAAAUAUCGCGUCAUCUACUGGUGCACGUUUCCCGCUAUGUUACUCCUCGUCAUGAGCGGCGGCAUCUUCUACAUCGACGGCAUCCAGGUCCCGCUGGUUGUGCGCCUCUUGUACUCGCCGCUGGUCAAGGUCCUGUUCGGGAUGAAUCUCGUCGUGUUAACGACAGGGACUGUGUUUAAACUGGAAACGGUGUACCGUGGGUUGCUCGAAUGGCGUGGCUGGGCAGUGUCCGCGCAGUUGUCCUACUGCGCCUACUUAGUGCACGUAUCGGUGAUACGCUACAGCGCGGCCAACCACACCUCCCUGCUGCACGCCAGCGUCUUCCAGAUCGCCCUAACUUACUUCGGACAGCUGGUCAUGACCUUCGUUUUGGCGUUCAUUUGCUGGAUGAUGAUCGAGGCUCCCUUCAGCCAGCUGGUGAAGAUCUGUUUCUAUUCAGCCCCCAAUGAACAGAAGGACAAGGAGACGGAACUAAUAGGAACAUCAAAUUGUAUUACUAGCAGCAAAUAGAAAUCCCUAGCAGAGCUCGGAAACCAUUUUAUUUUUCAAACCGGUUUCGUUCAUUCACCCGGGAAUGAAAAGGAUUUCGUUUCCAUUUGCGGUUACCGGUUAAAGAACUGUUCUUUCGAGAUAACGGUUUAUGCCAAAUACGUUCUCAUUUCAUUCUUGAGGAACGAAAUUAACCAGUUAAAUUUAAGAUAUCAAAGCAAGAUAGAACGAGUAAGUAGUAAUGGUUGUAAAACGGGUAUAUUUUUUUUCUGAAAAAUUAUGACAUUAGACAAAUUUAAGUGCCCAUGAUGUUAAAAGUAAAUAAGAUUUUUAUUGUUUCUUUACUAAUACACUUAGCCAACCGCAAUCAUAUAUAAAAAUUACAACCUUUAACAGAGAAUACUUUAAAACGAACGCCACAAAUUUUCAAGGUUUGAAUUAUCAGUAGGUAUUAACCUACUCAUAUGACCGUUAUUUUUAUUAAUAAUUUAGAAUUUUUACUGUUUAUUCUUACUUAAUUUCUUAAAUUUAAAGAAAAUGGCAGUCUAAAAUUCACUUGCAUCACACCUGCACUAAAAGAUGUGCAAUUCAGCGCAAUACUUGUAACAUAUGUGAGGCUUCACAUACCCAUAGUUUGGAAGGAGGCUACAAUGAAAUAAAACACAUAGAUAUUUUGUUGUAAAUUCGUAACAGCAACAUUUUACUAUGUAAUAUUCAAUCAAAGUAAUUUAUAUGAAUAGAAUAGAAUAGAAUAGAAGAAAUUUAUUCAGAAAACGCUUAAGUUUAGGUAAAACAUGAGACGACAGAAUCAAUUUAUUAUUAAGCGUCACUGAAAAGGUCUCCACUCAGCUUAAUGUCAAGAUACCACCUAAGGGUCUCGACGCUGGUCUUCCGUGGAAACCUAUUCCGUGGAUAUGCUAACAAACAUUAUAUGUAUUCAUUUACUUUAACAAAAAAAAUAUUAUCUAAUCAAAUCAAGCUAAAGUCUGUACGGAAAGAGAAGAGUCGUGGAAUGUAUGGGGCUCAAUACAUUCCACAACUCUUCUCUUUCCGAACAGACUCUAAUAGAAAAGGAAUCUCAAAUCAAAAACAAAGAUUAAAAACUACAUUAUCAACUUAUCAGACUUAUCUCAGAUAACUUUGCAUUCUAUCUGCCCGAUUAGAACUUAAAGAUACGUCGUUUCCAAAAUAUACGAUAUGGAUUCGAUAUGUCAAAAACGUAUUUAAUCCACAUCGUAUCUUUAGCAAAUGUUUGACUUAUCAUAAAGUUCGAAUCAGGCCGUUAAUCACUUAUCCCGCUCUCAUCUGAUUCAAAAGAACCAAAAAAUACUGGAAGCGUUGCUCCGUUACACGGUAAGUACUUACAAUAAUAAUAUAUGUCUCGCUGGUACUUGUACGUACAUGUACUCGUAUUUGCGUGAGCGAAACGCAUGGGCGAAUAACAAACGAUCAGGCCUAUUCCAACCUGCACUGACAUGAAACCGGUAUUAGAAGGAUAUCGAAAUUAUCUGUUAACUGUCAUUCACACGGGCGUCUCGCUCGCACUUACUUGCUACUUUUGAGCUUACCACUCACAUAAAAUAAACAAUGGCCUUUGUUUAACUGAUUAGGGUCUGAGGCUUAAAAAUAACUCCAGAAACUGUACUAAUCCCCACAGUAAACUCAAGAAGGGUUGUGUUGUCGGUACUAAAACAACGAUAAAUAAUAUAACGAAUAAAACCCACAACUCAGGAACAAAUAUCUGUACUCAUCACACUCGUCUUACCGGGAUUCCAACACAGCAACUGGUCAUCAAAAUAGGUACAGGACGUACAUUUGUCUCACCAAACGCAUGUGACACACAAUUAAUUUAACAU